CCUCAGCUCAUUUUACACCCCCCCCUCUCUUCCUACUGCCCAAUCAAUUAGCUCUCAACACAAACACAAUGGAAUCUCCCGUUGACAGUGACAUGGGAUCCUCAAUUGGUGAUCUGCCUCCUUUUGUAUCCUACGUCGACGUUAUGCAUCGUGUAAAGUUACGACUAGAAGUGAACGGACCUGACGACCUAGAGCAAAUUCUGUUUCACAUGGAACAACACUCGUCUCCGGCCUCUCAGGAGCAGCUGUCAACACCCCAAGCCUGCGGGGUAUGCUCCCGUCUAGAUUGCGUAGAUGGCCACGCCGUGGAUCCGGAUGAAUGCCAUUAUCAUGAAGCCAUUUUCAGCUUCCCCAAGGAGCAGGAGUUAUCGUAUGCGACGUGUGCGACUUACCUCAAACAGAUCGUGCGAUUCUUGACAUGGGAAGACCAUUCUAUGGCAAGAUGCAAAGUAACGCUCAGAGGACUGUAUUUCCCACUGGAAAUCUUGAAAAGCAUUCGCCGUGCAAGUAUCCCCGUUCGCAAGCUGGCACUUGUUGAUUGCACUUUCGGAUCGCGCAAAGAAUUCUUCACGUUGCUCUGCAUUCUUCCGGGGUUCAGUCGCCUCGAUCUGAUUCGGACAACGUGGACGCAAGUUGAUCAUCGUAAUGAUGUGAACGACGACAAGGGCUUGGCCCUGGCUACACGUAACUUCCUGGGUUUGAAGGUCGAAACUAUUGAUCCAUCUGACUUACGAGCAGUAUACCCUUUACUGGACAUCGAUCGCGAGGACAGUGGUCUGAGUCUCUCCUUUUGCAAGCUUUCUGUCUCCUGGAAUGCGAAAUGGGAUGAAAGGAUCGCUCAAGAUUUCAAGAAGACUUUCCCACUGACCAGGUUUGGCUACCUACGCCGCCUUCGCGUGGAGGUUGGCAUCAACCCUAUAUUACACGGUAGCAAUCUAGGCUGGAUUCUGUCCCUUCUGCCAGAGAAUAUCAGGCCCAAGCAAGAAGGGCCCACUCGUGGAUGGCUCAAGGCCGUUCAAUUUGACUGUUCCGAUAUGGAUCCUAAUACCUUUAAAUGGCCGGUGUGGGACGACAUUGAACGAAGAUUGUUAAAGCUCAGGACAAACGAAACUGGUAGCGGUGUUACGACAGUACAAUUCAAGGCACCAAGAGGACUUUCGGCUGCUUAUACUCAGGCUCUUCUGUGCAAGCGUCUGCCUAAUUUAACACAAGCUAGACCUGCCGUCGCUUUCUUAGAGCAGUUCUUCCCCAACGUCUUUCUUCCUGUGGUUGAUGCAGACUCCGCCUUCGUUGACAAUGAGUCAUGAACCUGGCCUGUAAAAAUUAUCCGCUGUGCGGAUUAGAUCUUAUUUCCUAUGUACCAUCCAACUAGUAUAUAUUUACAUGAUCCUCGUUAUAGACGGCUUGUCUCCAAAUGCUACAGGACCCGAUGCAUUUACCUUCUUCCCUUUGAGGCCAUAUAAUCUCAUUCAGCUACAUGAUGCACUUGUUGACUCAACGCUAUCGAAAUUCCAGUAUGGCGAUUACCUCCAUAAAAAUCUCGGCGUUGC